AUGACAAUGCCUGCUGCUAGUUUUGGAUCAAUUGCACAACUGCCAGGAACGGGAGACUGUGGGAUAAAGGAUGUAUGGAAUCAUAAUUUGCAUGAAGAAUUUCAAAUAAUAAGACAAGUUGUUCAAAAAUACCACUGGGUAGCAAUGGACACAGAGUUUCCAGGAGUUGUUGCACGGCCUAUUGGAGAAUUCAGAUCCACUGCUGACUAUCAGUAUCAACUGUUAAGAUGUAAUGUUGAUCUCUUAAGGAUUAUUCAGUUGGGUCUAACAUUUAUGGAUGAAAACGGCAAAACUCCUCCUGGUUACACCACAUGGCAAUUCAAUUUUAAAUUCAACUUACAAGAGGAUAUGUACGCACAAGACUCAAUUGAUUUGCUCCAAAAUUCUGGUCUCCAGUUCCGGAAGCAUGAAGAGGAUGGCAUUGAACCCCUAGAGUUUGCAGAGCUAUUGAUGUCAUCUGGGCUGGUGUUAAUGGACAACAUAAAAUGGCUCAGUUUCCAUUCCGGCUAUGAUUUUGGUUACCUGCUAAAACUACUAACGGAUCAGAACCUACCGCAAGAUGAAAAUGAUUUCUUCGAAAGCUUGAGGUUAUACUUUCCAACUGUUUAUGAUGUGAAGUACUUAAUGAAGUUAUGCAAAAACUUGAAAGGUGGACUGCAGGAGGUGGCAGACCAGUUAGAACUGCGUCGAGUAGGACCCCAACACCAAGCAGGUUCCGAUUCACAUCUAACAGGGAUGGCAUUCUUUAAAAUUAAAGAGACUCAAAACACUUAG